AAUCGAAUGCGAAUGCGAAAACGAAAGUAGUAUUUAUAAAAUUCAUAAACAGUGCAAAUAUCAAAUUUUCAUUGUUGUAAUACUGACAUUCAAUAUGUCGAGGGAAAUAUAUCAUUGUAAUUUUAUAUAUAAUAAUAUUGAAAUUAAUGAAACUGAAGAUAAUCUUCUCGCUACCAGUUUCGUUCACUAUUUAGACAGGAAAAUAGGUGGGUGGGGUUUUAAAUGUUAUCUUGCAGAGAGGGAUUGUUUAGCGGGAAGAAACGUGUUUGAUGAACUAUUUAGGACAGUGUCAGAGACAGAGAAAUGUUUAGUAAUUAUAACUCCAGACUUCAGGAGAAAUUACUGGGCUAAAUAUUGCAAACAAGCUGCGUUUAAGUACUUGUUACAAGAGGAACACCAACACAAGAUGAUCCCAAUCACGCUUAAUAUCAAUGAUAUAGGAUCACUGAAGGAGUUGAAUGUUAAUGACCCAAUUCAUAUAAAAGGAUCUAAUGAAAUGGAAUGGGGAAGAGAAAUAAACGAAAUGCGCUGGCAAAAAUUGAAAAAGACUCUUGAAGCACCACAUGUAGCUGAAGAACGAGGUGACAAUCGACUUCGAACAGAGAGACAACAACUGCAGGUAACAGAACCAUCUUCAGCAACAAAUAUGUCAAACAUUUCAUUAUUUCCUACAGAACAAGGUGACAAUCGUCUACGAACAGAGAGACAGCAACUGCUGGUUACAGUACCAUCUUCAGCUAUAAAUAUGACAAAUAAUUCGUUCUUUCCUACAGAGCAGGGGGACAUUUCAGAAGUAGGUUCAGAAGAAAAUACACGUUCCACUGAGCAAAGUUCUUUUGUAUCUGUUGAUGGUUUCCCAAGUUCUUUAAGCCUUCCUGACAAUAGACACAGCAACAUGCCGUUACCACGACAAGAAGGGAUAAAUCAACAAGAUGACGUAGAUCAUUUACUCAUUGAAUCAUUGAAUUUGGAUACCGUAGAUGGGGCACCAAAUAUGAACAGAUCCGAUAAUUUGAAUGAUGUUGAUCUAAGUAUUGAUACUUCACCAGCUGAAACUGACAAUCCUAGACCGGAAACUAUUGGUGGAGAUGCAAGUCCAAAUAUUUCUGGGAAUACCGAAGUGAAAAACAACAGUGCGUCCUUCCUUGAUGUUACAGGUGCUCAAGAUGAGACGGAUUUGAAAUUACCUAUGGCUAAUGAAGAUACAUCUAGAUUACCUGAUCAACGUCGUUUGAACCUGAUUUCAACAAAGAAUUCUCCUGACUCCGGUUAUACAACACCAAUUGAAUCCAUCUCAAGGCCGAUAUGCCCCAACAUUGAAAAUCGGCCAGAAAUCCAAACCGAUGACCAAAACAUAAAACCCCAAGAUAACAGCUUAACUACCGAUUCCGUUCAAGUUAAACUUCCAUUGGCACAGUCUUCCUUCACAUCAAAUGUUAUUCGACAAUCUGCAGCUUCAUUACCAAUGACUGACGAGAAUAAACCAAGAAGUGCAUUGAGUAAGAUUGGAGCCUUUUUGUCUUUAGCAAUGGAAUCAAUUUCUAACUCCGACCUAGCAUUUAAAUGACGGUCAUCAAGUGAAUUGGGAAGAGUCUAUUGUAUCAGUCUUAUACAAGAAACAAUAAAAUAAAUCGGCAUUAAGUAUUCAAAAUACAGAUGGGCUAAACAAUAAUAAUGCAUGUUAUAGAGUCAACUAAGAUUUUACAGAAUGUAUAUGUACAGCUGGAGAAUUAUCAUUCGAAAGUUCGAAAGACCGUCUUAGGUAUUGAAUAUGUAUUACUUUGUUAAUAAAAUUGGGUAAUCUAUGCAUCAUGAUUUAGGCAGUGUUUUUAUUGUUGAACAAACGAGGACGUUGUUCAAAUUAAAUUUUCAACACGUUUGAUUUUAGACACGAUUUAUGACGUUUUAUUGAUGCCCUUUUUACUCCCCUUGCAACAGCUUGUCUUGUUAAUGUACAGUGUUCUGCUGGGAGUCAUUAAUGUUUUUAUAUACUCAACAAAAUAAUUAGAGGGUCAGAUAUUUAAACAACAACAAAAAUAUAUAUAAAAUUAUCCUAAUGUAUAUUGAUGAAGAGUUAUUGAUUACUUUAUCAAAAUACAGGGAAUGUUAAGUUUAUUUUAACUGUUUUCUUCACUUUGUCACAAAUGUACCAUUUUAUACAUAAAGGAUGGAGUAAAUCAAUUCUAAUUGUCAUAUCUAUAAAAGUUCAACUCGGUACCUGUGUCUUCUUCAUGCAAGAAGAACUGCUUGACAUCGUCUUUUGUUUCGUGCUAUUAAUAUGAUCGCUGCGUCGUCGUUGUCGUCAUGAAUAUACUUUAAUGUAGCCAUUACUCAUACAAUUUUACUUCAAAACUAAACUUUGAAUACUUGCUUAUUGUGACAAGAGGCAGUUGUUACUAAUAUGGCUUUCAGAAUAAUGUCAAUGUGUAAUUGGCAUUAUUCUGAAAGCCAUAUUUUUGGAGGUAUGCCCCCCUUUAAAUUAGAAUCGUUGUCAUAAUUACUUUGGUAUCACCAUGAAACUUGGAAUACCUAUUUAUCUUGACAAGGUACAGUUGACAACACAAGGACCCAGCACAGUGUUGGGAUAGUGUAAAAAAGUAAUUCUAGAAAAAAUAUGUACUGAUUAUAUAAUAUAUAGAUUAUAUAUAUACGAUAUAAAUUUUUUCUAGAAUUUCUUUUUUACUCUAUCUCAACACUGUGGUGGGUCCCUGUGGUUGAAAAUGGAAAUUUUUCCGAAAACUAUAAUUUCGAAUUAUUCCCUUUUAACUUCUAAGACGUUUUGUCAGCUGAAUGAUUUUAAAACCAUGAAAGAUAUCAAAGUGGAACUUGAAAUUCUUCAUGAUUGUGACAAAGCGUAGUUGUGAAACAAGGGACAUUAUCUUUAAAGCAAUAUAUUAGAGUUACGCAUCUUUUUAACUAUUUGAAAAAUAUAAACAUGAAUCUUGGAAUACUUUUUGCCAUGCCAUAACAAGGCACAGUUGAAUGACAAGAAGCAUUUUUCUGAAAGAUAUUUUUUGAGUUGUGAACCUUUGUUACUAAAAUUGCUAUUUUUUAAAACUAUCAAAACUAUCAACUUGUAAAGUCUUGAUAAUUAUGACAAGGCACAGAUGUUAGAUGAAGCUCAUUAUCCGAAAGGAGUUAUUCCUUUUGAAACUUAAUAAUAUUUAUUAAAAUUGAUCGUUCUCCUGUACCGUCGGGCUUUAAAACCACAUGCGGUGUUCUUGUUAGCUCACCUGAGCAUAUGCUCAGGGUGAGCUAUUAGGAUCACUCUUCGUCCGUCGUCUGUCGUCCGUCGCCUGUCGUCCGUCGUACGUCGUCCGUCGUCCGUUGUCCGUUCACACUUUUGAAACGACAUCUCCUCUGAAACCAUAAGGCAUAUCAUAAUGAAACUUCACAGGGAUGUUCCUUGUGUGAAGCCUUAACAAAGUUGUUCAAAGAAUUCCAUUCCAUGCAGAACUCUGGUUGCCAUGGCAACCAAAAGAAAAAAAGUUUAAAUAUCUUCUUCUAAAAACCCAAAGAGCUAGAGCUUAGAUAUUUGGCAUGAAACAUCUUCUGGUGAGUGUCUACCAAUUUUGUUCAAAUAAAAGCCCUGGGGUCAAAAUUCGCCCCGCCCCAGAGGGUCAUUGAUUUUCCCUAUAUGCAUAUAGUAAAAGCUUAAAAAAUCUUCUUUUAAAGAACCCAAAGAGCUAGAGCUAAGAUAUUUAGCAUGAAACAUGUUCUAAUGGGUGUCUACCAAGUUUGUUCAAAUAAAAGCAGUGGGGUCAAAAUUGGCCCCGCCCCGGGGGUCAUUGAUUUUCCUUAUAUGUGUAUAGCAAAAACUUAAAAAAUCUUCUUUGAAAAAACCCAAAUAGCCAGAGUUUAGAUAUUAAGCAUGAAACAUCUUCUUCUGAGUGUCUACCAAGUUUGUUCAAAUAAAAGCCCUGGGGUCAAAAUUGGCCCCGCCCCAGGGGGUCUUUGAUUUUCCCUAUAUGCAUAUAGUAAAAACUUAAAAAUCUUGUUUUAAAGAACCCAAAGAGAUAGAGCUAAGAUAUUUAGCAUGAAACAUCUUCUAAUGGGUGUCUACCAACUUUGUUCAAAUUAAAGCCCUGGGCUCAAAAUUGGCCCCGCCCCAGGGGGUCAUUGAUUUUCCCUAUAUGCAUAUAGUAAAAACUAAAAAAAAUCUUCUUUUAAAGAACUCAAAGAGCUAGAGCUAAGAUAUUUAGCAUGAAACAUGUUCUAAUGGGUGUCUACCAAGUUUGUUCAAAUAAAAGCCCUGGGGUCAAAAUUGGCCCCGCCCCGGGGGUCAUUGAUUUUCCUUAUAUGUGUAUAGCAAAAACUUAAAAAAUCUUCUUUGAAAAAACCAUAAUAGCUAGAGUUUAGAUAUUAAGCAUGAAACAACUUCUAGUGAGUGUCUACCAAGUGUGUUCAAAUAAAAGCCCUGGGGUCAAAAUUGGCCCCGCCCCAGGGGUCAUUGAUUUUCCCUAUAUGCAUAUAGUAAAAACUUAAAAAAAUUUCUUUUAAAGAAUGCAAAGAGCUAGAGCUAAGAUAUUGAGCAUGAAACAUGUUCUAAUGGAUGUCUACCAAGUUCGUUCGAAUAAGAGCCCUGGGGUCAAAAUUGGCCCCGCCCCGGGGGUCAUUCAUUUUCCUUAUAUGUUUAUAACAACAACUUAAAAGAUCUUUUUUGAAAAAAAAACCCAAAAAGCUAGAGUUUAGAUACUAAGCAUGAAACAUCUUCUAGUGAGUGUCUACCAAGUUUGUUCAAAUAAAAGCCCUGGGGUCAAAAUUCGCCCCGCCCCGGGGGUCAUUUAUUUUCCUUAUAUGUGUAUGACAAAAACUUAAAAAUCUUCUUUGAAAAAACUCAAAUAGCUAGAGUUUAGAUAUUAAGCAAGAAGCAUCUUCUAGUGAGUGUCUACAAAGCUUGUUCAAAUAAAAGCCCUGGGGUCAAAACUGGCCCUGCCCCAGGUGUGUCAUUGUUUUUAACUAUAUGUGUAAAGAAAAAAACUUAAAAAAAAAUCUUCUUUUAAAAAACCCAACAACCUUGAAUGUAGAUGUUUAGCAUGAAACAUCUUCUAAUGGGUGUCUUCCAAGUUUGUUCAAAUAAAAGCCCUGGGGUUUAAACUGGCCCUGCUCCGGGGGCCUAUAUACAGGUGAGCGACUUUAGGGCCAUCAUGGCCCUCUUGUUUUACUUGGGGACCAUACACAACUUUCCAUGGAAUGGCACUGUGUCACAUUAACACAUUUGCAGGUGUUGAUAAAUAAAAAAUUUUAAAUGGGGAAUUUUGUUUAAACCAGUGCUAAAAAAUAUUUUCUAAUAUCGUCCAAAAACAGGCUUGGUGAAAUCGAGCCUGCAACAUUUUCAAUUCGCCGUUUUGAACGUUCUCUAGUGAUUACUUUUUUGUAUUUUCUGAUCGCAAGAUCAGUAAAUACAAAGCUAACAUCCACGGUCUAACACAAAAUGUCCUCACAGACCUAACAACGCAAAGUAGUUAUCACUCAAAACUGCUUAAAAACCAGCAAUUUAAAAGAAAGAAUAAUUUUCUGUACGAAAUCUGCUGUGGUCAUAGUAUUAUUUUUACAAUAGGUUUAUCUCUUAGAUUUGGUUUGCUAAAUUGCUAAUCAUGGUCAUGCAACUAUAUAGUUAGGUGAAGAAGCAGGCGCUUGUUUUGGUUGAGUCUAUUAUUUUUUGUUUAGGGGGUUGAGUUGUCAUACACAAAUUUACAAUUUAUAUGCAUUUAUUUUUUUCCAAUGAUUGUUAUUAUCUUAAAUGCUUCUGGAAUCGUUGUUUUAUCAAUUCAUUUGUAAAUAAGAUUGUUAUAUGUGUAUUAACGGAAUAAUUUUAAUGAACACGAAAUUAGUUCACACCUACAUGUGUAUUGGUAACGUGAUGGUUUAAGCCAAUGAAAACACGUCAUUAUUAUACUCAGACAGAGAAAAAGUGUGCAAAGAGUAAAUCGAUUAUCUUUAUGUAGCCAGCAAACUUUGAAUUGCAAGUAUUUUUUCAUAUCUUUUCGGCAGGAUAAACUGUCCGAGGAUUCGUAUCGUAAAAUGGCUGCCAUUUACAGUAUCAAGUGAUUAUCCCAAGCACCACCGCGACUUAGCAUGGGAAUUUUAAUUAUAGCUAACCUCGGUGCGUAUACCUUUUUCAUAUUUUAUUGUAAUAAAUAUUUACAAACUGUGUCUUUCGGUUUUUUUUAUCAAUAUAUAACCAAUAAUGAUGUUAAUAUGAAUAAAUAAUCAUAUCUCAAAUCUUUGACGAUGAUUUACAAUGAAAUUCUACCUUUAUUGUAUUAAAAAGGUUUUUAAUUUCCUGUAAUUUUAUUUUGUGAUUAUGCUUCAAAGCAGUCAAUUGACCGUGGAGUUUCUUUUCAUAUUUUAAUUUCCUUGAAAUCAUUUUUCUCAUCUGAAGGCAUGCAACUUUAGUAUGGUGAUACAUUAAUUACAUUCCAUGAAAAUGUUUAAAGAUAUAAAAUAUCUCAUGACAUGUUUGUUCAUUUUACAUUACACCUUUAAUUCAGCAAACAUAAAGUCUUCACAAAAAGUAGUAUGCAAUCGUACCUAUAUUACAUACGAAUGUAUGUAAUAUUUUUCUUGUUAAUGUAGGCAUUGAGCGAAUUACAGUGCAUAAAAAGUUUAGAUUAGUCAGUAGAAAUAUGAGGUUACAAUCACAAAUUUCGCGGAUGAAUACCUUUUUACCCAAUGAAAAAUGUUUGACUAUUUCCGUAAAGCUUAAUCAAUGAAAAUGCUAUUUUUAGCUAUGUCGAUUAGCGAAUACUCAAGAGCGUAGUACACAAAUAAAUCUGACUGUCGAGUAGUGGAAUAUAUACAUGUCGGACUGUUUUGGCGAGAAGAUUUUCGCUAAAUUAUUUUCAUCAGUGUUUAACAACAGGUUUAUCGUGAACAAAAUACCUCGAAAUUAAUAAGGAUUACAAACACGAAAUGGAAAUUCUCAAUUUUAGAUUUAUAAUGUAUUUGUUUUUAUUCAAGCCACAAACGUAUUACUUCACCGUGGUGCAGAGGUAGUGCGCUCGUCUAGGGUGUGAGAGGCCUAAUUAAGGUUCAAAUCCUAGUCGAGGCAACAUUUUUUUUGAAGUGUCUUUUUUAAGGAAGUAGCCACGAUAUGCAAGGAUAAAGUGGGGCUGUCAUAAAAAAUGAAAAAUGAUUUUUUGAUGUAACCCUAGGCAUGCAAAAUUCCAUAUGUAUCAAUCUCAAACUGUUUUAGAAAAAAAUCUAAACGCAGUCGCUGCGUAAGAUGAAUUAUAGUAUAUAAAAAUAAACUUAUACAGGAAUGAUCAGAAAAUACCACAGAGCAUGCAGCCCUUUGAUUAUAUAUAUUUUGCCUGUGUAGCUGAAGAAAUGUGGGACCUCAGUGAACGUUGCUUUCAAGUUGAAAGUUAUCUUUCAGUAUAUAUAUGAUUAUAUGAAAAUACGCAUUACAUAAACAAUUUCAGUGAUUUUCAAAAACAACAUAGUUUUCAAUCCUCUCGCAUUUUUUGAGAUGUGUUGAUACUUUUAUACAAAGCCUAUACAUUAUAUAUUUUUGUACAUUUUUUAUAUUUUUAUACUUUGUUUUUUAGACAAUUCUACUGUUAAAUUACCUUGUAUUGGUAUUUGUCAUGUUUGUGCCAUAUUUAUAAUUGCAAAAGAUUGUUUAAAUUGACUGUUAAAACUGAUGACACGUGACUCGUGCUGAUAAAAAAUCGUUGAUAGAUACAUGUAACAUCAGGGUAUUUGCAAUACUUCAUUAGAUAAAGGCAGCAUUUGACCACCCAUACCUAUGUAAAUUACCAGUAUUUUGACUUGUUUUAUCAAAAUUGCUAAAUGAUGUAACACCUUAUCCAAACCAGGGCAAUUGUAACUUGUCCAUGUAUUUUCUUCUUUGAUUAUAUUAUAAUAUAAAAUCAUCAGAAAAUAUAAAUUAUAGAAUAUCUGUUUAUUAUUGAAACAAAUAAAUAUUCUAAAUAUAACUACACUAAAAUCGCCAUUUGUUUUCAUCAUAGUAGAGACUCAACGAUAUUUUGUUAACAUACUGUACAUAUAAUUAGGUUUAUAAUAUAAUUGUUGAAUGAAAUAAAUGUAGCACAUUUUAUUAUAAGUUUAUGUUCUCUUUCCAGUAUUAUACAUGCCACAACACAUUUGAUGAACGUGUGUUCUAUCCAAGACCAUUGAAAAAUGUUUAUAAAAUACAAAUUUACAAGUCCCUGAACUGGUUAAUUGUAUAUUGUUCUGUACUAUUUUUGUUUAAAAAAUCGAAAAUCAUUUGCAUAAUAUUUGCAUAUCGCAAAUAUUGGCCGAACCCAAAGUACGAUAUUGAGAACACAGACUGAUCAGUUUAAUGAAUUUUGUGACUUUUAAUGACGAUAUGUUGUCAUAGUUUACCCAGCUGUUUUGUGUUAAAUAUAUUUUUGCAAAUUAAUGAAAUUUUCAUGGUAAACGGGUUAAAAUGGAUUAACCUCGCAUUUCAUUACAAGUGCUCAAAGUCUUUUCUACAAUUCUUAUAAGAUGCGAAGUUCAGUAUUAAAACUAUAUGUUGUAGUAAUGGUUUAUGGGUUUCAUUUGGUUGUGUUUAACGGGUGCAGAAUCCAAUAAGCAUUUUGUUAUUUUUCCUUUAUAUCUUGUUAUUAACUUUUAGCAUGAAUUGAUAAAAAGUUAUAGCAAAUCACCAAAUAUUUAACAUUUAUUAGGUUAUAUAAAUUUAAAAUAGAACAAGCGACAGGCAAUGUCAUGUGUUUUGUUUUGAAUACGAAUGUGGCAGAGACUUUGAUAUAAAUUUUAAACUACUCAGUCUUGAUUGUUAAUUUUUGUAUUAAAAACAAUGUAGACGAAAUAAAUAUUUAUUUAAACCAA